AACAGGCCCCUGUAUCUCACAUGUCCUCUCAUUUCAGUUUUCUUGACCUUCCCUCAGUGUGUUCACCUGCCCUCCCUGAUGUGCGCACCUGUUUGUAAUUUUUUAAUCAAUCCUCAUGCUUAAGGUCUGCGUCUCCCCUGCCCUUGUUGCCAGAUUGUUUUGUGCUGUUCACAGAGUUACAUUAAUCUUUUGUCUUAAGAGCGAAGUAACAAUUAAAUUCGAGUUUUCAUUGGAAAAUCCUGCGUCCUGCAUUUUGUGUCCACCUCGUAUCCUGACAGAGCCCUGCAGAUACUAAGAUAAGCAGCUAGAGAUGCAUUAACAACAUGUGGACUCGGCCAGUUCCAGUGUGGAAAUGGGAGAUGCAUCACGAUAAGAUGGAUAUGUGAUGGCGGCGUCGACUGUGGAAAUGGCACCGAUGAACUUCCAAGCACCUGCUUGGCAAGAACAUGUAAACCUACAGAGUUCAAUUGUGGAGACCGCUUUCACCUGUGUUUACCGAGCUCCUGGCUCUGUGAUGGUAAAGCUGACUGUGAGAACAGAGCUGAUGAGAGGGGCUGUGUGCAACAACAGCAUCUGCAUCCCUCGCCAGUGGGCCUGUGACGGUUACAACAACUGCCCUGAUGGCUCUGACGAGUGGCCCCAGAGCUGCCACGCCGAAUCCCCCGUGACGCUCGCCUCUCAUCAGUGCCACUCGAUGGAGUUCCACUGUGGCAGCGGAGAGUGCAUCCACGGCAGCUGGAAGUGUGAUGGAGAUGCUGACUGCUUGGAUGGAUCUGAUGAAGCUGGCUGCACUCGCUCCACCUGCCGUCCAGAUGAGUUUGAAUGUGGCGAUGGAACCUGCAUCCACGGCAGUCGCCAGUGCAACCAGCAGUACGACUGCAGAGACACGACUGACGAAUCCGGCUGUGUCAACGUGACCCGCUGUGAGGGCCCGGACAAGUUCAAGUGCCGCAGUGGGGAGUGCAUAACCAUGGAGAGAGUGUGUGACAGCAAACGGGACUGCAGGGAUUGGUCAGAUGAGCCUCUUCGGGAAUGUGAGGCACCAACACCUGCAGGACCAUCGCAGUCAGAAUCUCCAUCCGCCUCCACAACCCGUCUGCCUCUCAGGACGUCACCUAGAGCCACGUUGAAUCCCAGACUCCACCACAGCAGCGCCGGUGGUGAUCACCAGUACCACCCCCAGGGCUGUAACCCACACCACCCCAAGGUCACAGACACAGAGGACCACCAAGCCUUCAAUCAGGAGCACCAUACCACUCCCAAAGACCACUACUCCCAGGCUGAUCGAUCUGAAAGUCCUGCAGACCUUCACAGAGGCUCCAACCACCUCUCUGGAAAGCAAACGUGGGCUUGGUGUGACUCUUUACUCGGUCCUCCCUCUGGCGGUUCUCUCUCUGUUGGCUGUUGGUGGCGUGCUGCUGUGGAGGAACUUCAGGUUGAGAAGCUCCAACACCAUCCACUUUCAUAACCCUGUUUAUCAGAAAACCACAGAGGACCAGGUGCACAUUUGGAAAAGCAACAGCCUUGACGGUUACUCCUACCCAAAAAGGCAAGUUGUGAGCGUGGACGAAGAAACCGACAAUCCCACCUUCACUGAAAACUGAAUGCUGUCAUAAGGUGGAUUUGAUGAUGAUGAUCAGCGUUUUUACCUCAAAUGAACAAAGAGGUGAAGCCUGAAUGUUCCAACCACUGAAUCCUCACAAACAGAUGGUUUGUCUGCAGCGCAACAAGUUUUAAUCCCACAAGAAAACAUCUGAAUGCUCAUCAAACAUCAUUAAUUUCUCAGGUUGAUUUUUCCUCUCUUGAUGUUCAGACUCUGAUAGUUGAUGAGGGGAAAAGUCUUAUGUUGCUGAUCAGGGAACAGUUUUGGUUUAUACACAACAAACCACUUUUCUUUUUUCAGACGAAGAUGGAUAAAUUGUAUUUUUAAAGCACAUGAAGUCAAAGAUGAAUGUAACCUCACAGAAAACACUCAUCAUCAUGUGGUUGUGCCUUGAUUAUACCAUCCUCUGUCUGGGCUCCCAGAUGUUCCCUCUGCAUCUGUAAGAGCUUCCACUCUCCACAUGCUUGUCGGUGGAUUGGACAGAAACCUUUAAAUGAUUCUUUUUUCAUGUUGUUAAAAAGCUUUGAUGCCACCAAACCGCUGUACCGUGGCACAUGUAUUUGUGUCCCCGUCAUGCCAGCAUUCCUGUUCAAAUGGCUCUUGGGUCUCCCCGGUGUUUGCGUGUUUGGCUUUUUUUCCCCUUCAAAUUCUCCUUGUCUGGGAACAGGUACAGGGAGGCAACAACACCCCCCCCCCCCCCCCCCCCUUUGGAUCUGUAUUUGUGUUGUGGGAGUAAAUAAGCAUGAAUGGUUGAAAAGUGAGGGUGAAACAACGGACGAGGGUUUCUGGGUUUGUCAGCUUGUGAGGACUAAACGGCACAUGAAUUCUGUUUCCAUUCAGCUUGUAAAUAUGUUUAUAAGUGUACAGAAAUGUGUUCUGUACUGGUUUUGUUAAUGAUUGAAUGUUCUGUAAAUAAAUGCUGCUAUUUAUUAUAGAA